CUUCCUCCACGUCAGUAUCGACGGACGGCGACGCAAUCCGAUUAGCAUCCUCGCCCCUUCAUUUGAAUCGCGCAUAAGUUCCUCGCCGACGGCAGCAGAAUUGUCCUCAUCAUUCGUCCACGCCGCUCGGUUCGAUCCUCCAACCCCGGCUGAGACGGUGCACAGACCUGGUCCGUGUUUCAAGCGAGGACACAAACCGGAGCUGAAACUCCUAAGUGCACGCGAGAUUCGGACGUCGAAGUGACCCAAGGACUUGGCGUUUUACCUGCGCUAGACAAGUCGUCGCAUUUGCAACGCGCGCGUGUGUGCGUGUGAGGGACACCAGUAUGCAAGUGUCGUCCCCUUCACUGCUGUCGUACAUUCGCAACCUGUACGAGUACGUCUGGUCGCUGCGCGAUCCGAGGAUCAAGGAGUGGAACAUCCACAGCGACGCUCGGUUCGUAUUUCCGGUGCUCAUAGGCUACGUGUACAUGGCUAAGGUCGGCGGUCCCCGCUGGAUGAAGAACCGCGAGGCUUACAACCUGCGCGGAGCCAUCCUGGCCUACAACUUGGCGACCGCUGUCGCGAACGCCUACUUCUGCGUCCAGUACCUGCGCCACUCGUAUCUGCAAGGCGGCUAUAGCCUCUUCUGCCAGGGCAUCGACUACGAGAAAAGAUUUGGCGAGCGCACGGAGGCCAUAAUAAACCUGAACUGGUGGUACUCCUGGGUGCGAAUCGCCGACUUCCUGGACACGUUCUUCUUCCUCGCCCGAAAGAAAAACUCCAAGGUUACCAACCUUCACGUCAUCCACCACUUCCUGGUCGUGCUCAACGCGUGGAUCUUCACGAGCUUCGGCAGUGACGGCCAAACGCUGCUGGGCCUCUGCGUCAACCCGUUCGUCCACGUCAUCAUGUAUUCCUACUAUUUCCUCGCCGCCCUGGGUCCCUCGGUGCAGAAGUACCUGUGGUGGAAGCGCUACCUUACCGAGCUGCAGAUCGUGCAGUUCGUCGGCCUCAUGAUGCACAUGGCCAUCACGCUGUUCUACGACUGCGGAUAUCCGAGGACGCUCGCGCUGUUGGCGAUAUCGCAGGGAUUCCUGGGGCUUGGGCUGUUCGUCAACUUUUACGUGAAGACGUACCUCGAAGCGGCGAAACGAAAAGAAAAGAAGUUGUGA